UUAGCUGUUUCUGUUUGCUGGUAAACAAGCUCUGCUAGGCAGUAGGCAGGACUGAGCGCAGAAAGUAGCUGUGUAGUGAGUAAGAGGAAAACAUGUCCAGAAUACCGGGGUACGAUACUCAUGAUGAUGGGCCAGGUUUCGUUGGAAUCAGGUUCUGUCAGGAAUGUAAUAACAUGUUGUACCCAAAAGAAGACAAGGAAAACAAAGUACUUUUGUACGCCUGCCGCAAUUGUGAUUACAAGCAAGUAGCAGAUAGCAAUUGCAUUUAUGUCAACAAAAUUAUGCACGAAAUAGAUGAGUUAACGCAUAUUGUCUCAGAUGUUAUUUCUGACCCUACAUUGCCACGAACUGAGGAACAUCCCUGUCCGAAAUGUAAUCACAGAGAAGCUGUGUUUUUCCAGGCACAGACAAGGAGAGCUGAGGAGGAGAUGAGACUUUACUAUGUGUGUACAAAUACUCAUUGUACGCACAGAUGGACAGAGUAAAUAGUGAUUUGGAAGAGCUGUGCACCUUUACUUCACAUCAACUUGCACAGGAUAGUUGUGAAGUGAGGGUGCGUGUGCAUGUGCGGGUGCAUGCAUGUGUGCACAUUAAAUAAUUGUAAUAUAAACUAUUUUUGUUGUGUGUGCUCUGCAUCAUUGCAUACAUUGUGAGUGGCUAUGUUUUUUUAAAUGUGUUAAUUGUGUAUUGGUUGUUUUGUCAGUUUGAAAAUGUAAGUUAUAGAUGUUAUUAAAUAAUCAGUCACUUUUGAAAAGAUUUUAAUUUAAAAUAGUACAUAACACUGAAAGAUAAAAUUUAAUCAUCAUGGAUUUACAAUUGUGUAUGAAAUAACUUAUAUUUGACCUGAAACACAUUGAAAAUCUGUUAGCUGAUGUUAUAUGGACUUGCUAUACAGAUUCCAUAUUGAAGUACAGAAAAUUGGAGCUAUGUCACCCACUGGCAUAGUGAGGGGAAGGGGCGGGAAGUCUAUCACACCCAGGGGCGCAGCUCACAGUGGUGCCAAAUCAUCUCAAAGACAAACAAAAUUUUCCAGAAAAUAUGUUAAUAAUAAUUCUGGAGGGGAAGGCAAUAAAGUGCUGUGACAGUUUUGUUCGUUACAUCACUGUUUUCCUCUACAGAUUGACAAUGUUAGUUUUUUUUAGGCAGUGGGUGUGUAGUUUUAGGUAACCAGUGAUUUAUUAGGAAAGUGUGUGUGUGGAGUUACAAAAUUGAAACCAUCUGAUAUUCUUUGCAGAUUGUCCAUGGUUACGUUGGGUUAUGAAAGCUUGUCUUAGAUUGCUGCUACCAAUGGACUGAUGUUUAUCUGUUGAUGUUUUGGGAUGAAGUUUGUCAUAGAUUGGUCUCUUGCAAAGGUCAAGGAUAGUUGGAUUGUGAGAUGGCAAAGUCAACAUAUGUCAUGUUAUGCAAGGAAGCUACAGUUACUGAGCAUUCGUGUAGUGAUUCAGAAGACUGAGUGAUCAGAGGUUAUGUAUGUUCCACAUUAAUUUACAUUUUAAUUUUGGUCACAAGAUUAAUUUUAUUUUUAUGACAAAUGCUUUGAGGUUUUGAGAUAGGGAAUGCCAUGUUGUUGUUGUUGUUUUUUUUUUCCAGUACAUUGCAUAUUCCUUGGUUUAAUUUUGUUAAUACAAACCAUGUUGUCUGCUCGCUGCUUUCUUGACAGCUAUUUGAAAAUAGCUGUUCACACAUCCCAGGCUUUCCUGUUGUUCCACAGUGAUGACUGCCAACAGUAUUCCAUUAAACAUGUAAAUGCACUGUGCCUAUUUUACCCUAUUACCAUGGUUCCAUGUGGAAAUUAACAUUAGCAUGUUCACCCUGUAAGUUUAUUUUCAGUUAAUGAAGUAACUAUUGAUUGUUUUGACAUUGUAAGACAAUGAGUCAAUAGCUUUAAACAAAGAACAUUAGUUUUGCAACUUUGAUUAUAGUCAUUACAUUACCUUGUGCCAUUAGUUUUAGUGGGAAGAUUAGAUAGAUCUGCCAUGUCUCUGAAAUUAAUUCAUUCCAAGAUUGAGGCUUUUCCCCCAAUGUAUUUUGAACUGCAAAUAAAGUGUUUUAACUGUAAA